UACGCAAACUAUAUGAGACCUGCCGAACUGAUGGUCAAACCACUUAUAUCGUCUGCUUACAUAACGCCAAAUGCAUUUGAUACCGCCAUUUGAUACCGCAAUCCUCCAAUGAGCUAUAUACUCAUAUAGUAUAUAGAAUACUGGAUAUAUAGGUCCUACAAAGCACAUUGAUUCCUUUGAGACGAAAUUUCAGUACGACAAGCAGCUAAGCAUUGUAAUAAAAGGGGUUUUUCACUAACCUGUAGGGCUUCCAAGGUGAUUGUACCGUCUUUGAGGCAAUUUAAGGCGUUAGGUAAUUGACAAGAUGAAUGAAACCACAGACACGCAUGGGUCCACGGAGGAACCAAACGGGGGACUACGGCAUCGUGCAUCGUUUUCCCAAACGGGAACAACAGAUUCCACUUCCGGUGCAGAAGGAUCUAAUACACAAGCGCCCUCUACAAAAAAUGGAUCGGAAGAUGUCAGGACAAUACGGGUACUUCGACCGGUGUACUCCCAGUCGGCUUUUGAUACAUUAUAUGAGCAUACCAUGCCAGAGGAAAAAACAGUUAAAGACCACGUUCAUCACACGUGGCGAAAACGCUGUGCGUGUUCUUCUGAAUGCUUCAAAGCGUUUCUACUGCAACUGUUUCCGUUUGUUGGUAUUAUGCGCCAGUAUAAAUUCCCGCUGUGGCUGAUAUCUGAUAUUGUGGCGGGGAUAACUGUGGGGAUAAUGAAUCUACCCCAAGGUAUGGCAUAUGCAUUGGUGAGUGGUCUUCCAUCGAUUCAUGGUUUAUAUGCAUCGUUCUUCCCUCCGUUGGUCUAUUUCUUUUUCGGAUCAUCCAGACACAUUUCUAUAGCAUCUGCUGCAGUGGCAAGUCUUCUUGUUGGCUCUUUUGUUGACAAGCAGACGGCAAACUGGACCCCGUCCACCUCGUUGCUUAACAACAGUACCGAUAAUACGUCACUGGAGAACGAGAUGACGUGUAACGUUGACACCACCGACUACCAGGAGUGUGUAGACUUUAAGAUUAACCUCGUCGUGGCUCUGACGCUGUUAGCGGGCUGUUGGCAGUUGCUGCAGGGCAUACUCCGCCUUGGCUUCAUCACCAACUACUUGUCUGACCCCCUCGUCAGUGGAUUCACCACUGGAGCCGCCUGUCACGUGUUUUCUUCACAGAUUAAACACGUCUUUGGAGUCAGUGUUAAGACUGUGCCAAGUCCAUUCAAACUGAUAAGCUUUUACAUCCAGUUUUUCCCUGCUCUACCCCAGACCAAUUUGACGGCUCUGAUCAUGUCAGCCAUAUGUAUUCUUACUCUGGUUCUUAUUAAAGAGUGUAUCAACGCUAGAUUUAAGUCCAAAAUGAAGGUACCAAUUCCUGCAGAGCUACUGGUGGUAAUAGGUGGCACUGUAGUGUGUUACUUUGUCAAACUGGACGAGGUUUACGACUUGGUUGUGGUUGGUGAUAUUCCAACAGGUAUUCCGCACCCUAGUAUCCCACCGGCUAAAUAUUUCGGAGAAGUUGUCCUUGACUCGCUCGUCGUGGCAAUCGUUGCCUUCAGCAUCAACUUGUCUAUGGCGAAGAUACUGGCCAAGCCCCAUGGUUAUACUAUAGACGCUAACCAGGAACUUGUUGCUUAUGGUCUGAGCAAUGUGGUGGGCGGGUUCUUCACUGCCUUCGCCUCCGGGGCCUCCAUGUCAAGAAGCUGCGUGCAGGAGUCGGCGGGGGGCAAGACACAGGUGGCGAGCAUCAUAGCCAGCGGUUUUAUCCUUAUUGUCAUACUGGCUGCUGGACCACUGUUUAAAACACUUCCAAGGUGUGUUCUUGCCUCCAUCAUCAUCGUAGCUCUGAAGGGCAUGUUCCUGCAGGUCAAAGACCUGAAGAGGCUGUGGAAGAUUUCAAAGUUUGAUUUUGCGAUCUGGAUUGUUACUUUCCUCGGAGUGGUUAUCCUCAACGUGGACUAUGGUCUCAUGAUUGGAGUUGGUUUCUCCCUGCUCACCGUCGUGUUCAGGACACAGUGGCCGUACACGUGUUUGUAUGGGAGAGUACCCCAUUCGGACAUAUACAGAGACAGCAAUAUAUACAAGGCGGUCGAAGAGAUUCCAGGUAUCAAGAUAUUUCACUUUGAAUCUUCUUUGUAUUACGCCAACGCUGAACACUUUCGGAGCAAGCUGUACGCAGCUACUGGCUGUGAUCCUGGACUCCUGAAAGCAAAACAGAUGAAGAGCAAAGAGAAAAGAGAGGCGUUGGAGAAAGAAAGACAGAAGGAAGAGAAGAAGAGACAAAAAGCAGAGAAAAGAACGGGAAACGGAGUAAGUAACGGCGCCAUGAUUGGCCAGUCCAAAGAGGUUCUUACCUUGGAAAUAGAAGAUAUCCGUCCAGAAGACAAUGUGGCUACCGAGGGCGUGGUCCACGGAGAACCUCCACCACAGCCAGACAUCCACCACAUCAUAAUUGACUGCUCAGCCAUUACCUUUAUUGACGCUGUUGGUAUCAAGGUGCUGAAACAGGUUUUAUCAGAAUACAAAGAAGUGAACAUUCAGGUUGUUUUGGCACAUUGCAGAGCCCAGCUCUCAGACAUGCUCCACAAGAACGGUUUCAUAGAGGACCACGGCAGAGACGUCGUAUGUCUCAUGGUGCACGACGCUGUCCUGAUGGCUCUGGCGGAUGACCUUGACCUACUUAAGAAGUUAGAAGAUGACACCCUCAUCACAUCCCACUCUCCAGAAAUUGAAAUGGCAGAGGAAAGCACAAACGAUAUGGAAGAUACGCGGAUGUAGAAGUCGCCAGCAGCAAUCCAGGAAAACUGCCUCACCAGUACUCUCAUAUUCCAAAAUGGUGACUCUGCCUUACAAAUGUUAAAGGGGACGCUUUCGUGAAUUACUUUAUUUUCAUUGGAAAAUUUUCAUUAUGAAUAUAGCCACAAUAAAAAUAAUGAUAAUAAUUAUAAUA